GUGUAUUUUCCACGUGACAGAAUUGGCAGCACAACACGAGCACGUGGGGUCGGUCAGAUGAACCCGUCGAGCAGCGCGUCGCAUGCGCUCGUGUCGAUCAUCAAGCUCGCGGGCUCGGUGCAGGGCGCGCUCCUCCGCGUGGGCGAGACGUACAUCUUGCUCAACUGCGGCGACCCGUCGCCGGCGGCGCCGACCGCGAUCACGUCCAUGACCACGAUGGGGCUGCCGCAAGGUAGCAUUGUGAGCGCCGUCUUGAUCACGGACUGGCGCAUCUCGAGCUGCGGCAUGCUGCCGCCGUUCCUCUCUGUCUACAACACGCACCACAACCGGCGCAACAAGGACAAGACCAACAAGGUGCCGCCGCCAACGGUCUUUCUGACGCACGCGACGCGCGCGCUGCUACCGCACAUUCUGCGCGAGACCAAAGGCGGCGACUGCAACGUGUCGUUCUUGAACGACAGCGCGAUCGCGGCCGUCUCGUCGCUCGCGUUCGACCAGCCAUGCGUGCACACGGACCCGCGUGGCACACAAAUCACGAUCACGGCCCACCGCGCCGGCCACGUCGCCGGUGGCGCCCUCUACACGAUCGAGGUCGACGGCACGCAGGUGGUGUUUGUCGAUGGGUUCAACCUCCACGGCUCGCGCGUGCUCUUGCCCGCGAGCUUGCCACCGCGGCCACCGCACAUUGCGCUCAUCCGCGGCAACUACUCGGUGACAGUCUCCGAGACGCGGACCGUCAUCGAGCGCGAGUUUUGCAAGGUCAUUCAUGACGUGAUCAACCUCAAGGGCAAAGUCGUGAUCCCGGUCUUUGGCGUCGGCUGCUUCUUCCACGACAUUCUCUCGCUGCUCACCGACUACUGGGUGCGCAUGGAGCUCACGCACGUGCCCUUGUACGUCACGUCCGACACGCUCCUGCACCAGCAAGCCAACCCGUUCUACCACGCACUGCUUCUCGACUCGUACACGGACGCAUUUGGCCGCCGGACGCGGCUGCCUGUCUACAAGCUCCCGAGUCUCCAGACGCUCCAGGAGCCACACACGCCCAUGAUCGUCUUCUCGGAAGGCGCGUCGCUCACGGCCGGUGACACGGCGGCGGCGCUCCAAGCCAUUGGCCAGCACGUCAACAACCUCCUCGUGCUCUCCGAGUUUUGCACAAAGGGCACGAUCAACCGCUCGUUUCUCAACAACGAAGUGUGCGCCGAGCUUUCCAAGGCCUUCCAUGCGUCCAUUACCUGCCGCGUGCACGAACUCCCGAGCGGCGAAGAAGUCGACGCGCGCGACGUGGCCGAGCUCACGCGCCAGCUCAGCCCGCGGCACCACGUGGUCUUGGCCGGCGUCGACGACGGGCACAUCGCCUGCUUCCACGAGGCAAUUCCAAGCGCGAGCCGACUCACGCCCUUCUCCGUCCUUGGCGAUGACGACCUCGUGCUCAGUGUCCCACGAGACAUUGGCGUCCGCGUCCGCUCCAACGUCGCGUUCAACCGCGGCCCGAUGACGACGCUCCUUGUGGCCGAGCCGCGCAAGAAGAUGGCGGUCUAUGGCGAGAGCAGUCUCCGCCGCCUCAAGAAGAAGCGCCAUACGCUCGAGUACGACCACUCGUGGAAGUACCCGAAAUCGUCGGCGAUCUCCAAGCGCCCGAAAGAGUUCAAGAAGCGGUCGGGCGGCGCAAGCUUCAUGCUCCAGGACCUCCUCGUGAACGACGCCCCCGACUCGGACGACCCGGAAGAAGAGAUGCAAGCGAACGUGAGCGACGUGCACGAUGGCAUCUACCACGCGCUGCACCAGUGGAUGGGUGUCGCCAAGUACCCGAUCGAGCGCCGGCCCAUGAGCGUCGAAGUCGGGUCCGUGCAAGUCGACGUGAGCACCGACUGGUCCAUCAACAUGCGCUGGUCCGUCGACGACGAAGAGCUCGCGAGUCGCGUCUUUGGCCUCGCUCAGCGCGUCGUGCAGCAGCAGUACGGCGAGGCUCACAACCACUCGUACCACCACUAGCACCACUUCUACAUAAUACUACAUGCUUCAUGCUGCAUUCA